UAUAGUCUAUCCUCAAGUCACAACUCACAAGCAUCUAUAAAUCCACUUGGAAGACGAGAUAUUACCACAUCUUCUGUAUCUCAGUUGGUAGCUACAGUUUUUCCUAGAGUUCUCCAUACUAACAAUGGCUUCAGAGAAAGACCCCAAGCCAACCUCCUCCGAACUAUUCUCUAGUGCUAAGUUGGUGGCCGAGGCGGCUAAAUCCACUUUCAACAAUGAAAGCGACAAGGUUGACAAGGGGAAGGUUGCUGGUGCAGCUGCUGAUCUUUUAGGUGCUGCCCAAGACUAUGGCAAGCUGGAUAAGGAGAAGGGUGUUGGCCAAUAUGUUGGAAAGGCAGAGAAUUACCUGCACCAAUACGAGAAUACUUCCGUAGGCCAACCAACCUCUGCCAAAGCUGAGGCACAACCAGAGUCACAUGCAAGCGGUGGUGGUGUUGGGGAUUACUUGAAGAUGGCUCAAGGGUUCUUGGGCAAAUAAAACUGAUUAAUCUUGUACUACUUAAGCUUUUAUGUUGGUUUAAUUUUUCUUUCUCCUAUGCGUGGUCUAUGGCUUAACGCAAAUCUGUAUCGUAUGCGGCAAUAAAUCACUAAUUUAAUAUUCAGAAUUCUGCUAAA